GCUGCAGGCAAGUUAUCGCAUUUCAGUUCAACUUUAUUUAUUCAAUAAUUGCUUACUUUCUAAUGCCUUUUCACUCGCAUUUUGGUGAAAAGUUGUAUACCAGUUCCUUUUUGGAUGUGAUCACCUUUGUCUCAUUGUUCCACAGUUGGAACUAGUAGGAGUUAACUUGUGUCCGCUUUGAUAGGCCGUGCCCGUUCCCGGCAGAGCCGUUGUGGGAUUUAACCAGAAACCCCAAUGAUCUACUUAAUUGACGAGCAUUUAUUUGGAACUUGCUGUCCCUGAGUAGUGCUGAAUGAAGUGACUCUGCAGUGAUUAUGGAUUCUGACGUACUGACACUUUGUAUUUGCUGUGGACAGCCACACCUGCCUCAGGAAAAUCAUUCAUAUAAUUACCAGGAUGAAAUCGAUGAUGAUCUCAUAUGUCACAUCUGCCUGCAACCCUUAGUGCAGCCACAGGAUACACCAUGUGGUCACACUUAUUGUACUUUAUGUCUUACCAAUUUCCUAUUGGCCAAAGACUUCUGUCCCAUGGAUAGGAAGCCCUUGUGUAUGAAGGUGUGCAAGAAAUCAAGCUUCCUCGUGCAAAAACUCUUGGAUAAAUUAAUGGUCGCCUGUCCAUUUAAAGACCACUGCACUGAAGUAAUGCAGCGCUGUGAGCUAGAACUUCAUCUACGUCGCAAGUGCAAAGGAGCAAUCCAAUGUGGGCUGUUAGGAGUACGCAAGAGACAUUCACGAGAAGAUUCUUCAACAAGUGAGACAGAUUUCGACCCUGGGGCUGCUGCGGAUAACAAUGACAUGGCCACACCAGUGAUUUCUCCACAACUGUCAGCAUCUGCAGCUGCAGCCUUAAAGACGAAUGACCCAGUUCCAAUAAAUCCAGAAUCUGUUGCAAAUACAGAGGAGAGCCAGUCAGAAAGCAAUUCCAGUGUCCACAGCAAGAAUAGUGUCAAAAAACGCCAACCUUUAGAACGCACUCCUUUAAGAAGCAGAUCCUUUAAAAAGCUGAACCGUGCUUUCAGCUACCUCCGUAGAGCCAAUGGUCCAAAUCCGGUUGACAGUGAUCCUAGAGAGGAUAUACAGACUGCUGUAUUUCAUGAGGAAGUAUUUCCCAGACGACAUCAUUUAAUUCCCGAUGGUGAAGUUACAAGUAUCAAGAUUAAUCGUUGUAAUGCAAAUGAAAGCCUUGGCAUUGCUAUAGUGGGAGGAUGUGAAACUCCUUUGGACAAUAUUAUCAUACAAGACAUUUAUCGAGAUGGUGUCAUUGCUAAAGACGGCAGACUUUUACCAGGAGACAUGAUUCUUGAGGUAAAUGGUACUGACCUGAGCAACGUCCCUCACAACUAUGCCCUAGCGAUAUUAAAACAGCCCUGCCAUAUCCUGCUGCUGAGUGUGCUCAGGGAACAGCUGUUUAAGUGCAGAAGCAUCAUUGAUCGUAACUGCUCUCGAGAUGACAGCUUCCACGUUAUUCUCCAUAAGAGUGCUGAUCAACCUCUGGGAAUAAAGUUGGUCCGCAGGGCUGACGAAGCUGGGGUUUUUAUCUGUAGCUUACUUGACGGAGGCCUAGCAGCCCAAGAUGGCCAGCUCCAGGUGAACGACAGAGUGUUGGCUGUCAACGGACAUGACCUCCGCCGUGUGUCUCCAGAAGUUGCAGCACAUUACAUACAGGUAAGCGAGGAUCGAGUUCAUUUUGUUGUAUCACGAAAGACCCGGGAACAGACCCCUGAUAUCUUGCAAGAGAGUGCCUGGAACAGCAGCAUUCAAGUCAGCCCUGCAGUAAGAAACAGACACAACAAGAAUUUUGUUCAUGCCUUCACGUGCCAUGAAAAGAUCAUCAGUGUUAGCAAAGGAGCUCACGAGACCUUGGGGAUGACAGUAUCAGGAGGUCUACUGAGCAAAGGCUGGGAUCUCCCGAUCUAUGUUGCAAAUGUACAUCCUGAUGGCUGCUUGGGGAAUGAUGGCAGAAUAAAGAAGGGUGACAUUCUGAUGGACAUAAAUGGCAUUGAGCUAACUGGCUUGACACAAAGUGAAGCUGUGUCCAUAAUAAAGAAUAGUGCUGCCUCCUCUUCAGUUGUUUUCAAAGCUUUAGAACUUAGGGUGGCAGAAAAAGACAAUGUCCAUGGUCAAAUGCCUCGCAACGCCAAUCAAGACACACACUCUGAAGAUGACUGGUCACCAUCAUGGAAUAUGUGGCUCGGACUGCCUCGCAUUAUUUUCAACCUUUCAAACCACUCUUUGUUAAAGUCAUGUUGUCUCAUGAGGAUUCAACAGCAUGCUGAUGUUCUAAGAAUUUAUGCCAACGUGAUGGAAGCCAUAUUUUAUCUGGGAAUUCAAGACACUCAUGCAACAGACUGGUUCUUCUGUCUAACUCUUAACAAAGGAGGCAUUAAGAAUGGCUAGCUCCAGGCAACAAUAUGGCUGUUGAAAAUAGAAUAAAUCUUUUGAGGUUAAUGAUGUGUUAGCUGGAAACUCUAUGAAAAUAUUUUUAGAAGAAUAAAUGGCACAUGUUAAACUAUAGUAAAAAUCUAAUAUAUUUAAAGAAAAGAGGCCUGCCACCCUUGCCCUACUUGGCCUAUAUAUGACUCAAAUUCUCAGAAUGCCUGAAG